AUGCAGUACCCCCCACAAAUGUUCCAGUUCCCCCAACAGAUCCCUGGAAUGCAAUCGAACCCCUAUUUCCAACAACACCAGAACUACCCCCAAACACAACAGAACGCUCAAUUUUAUCCGAACCAGAUGUACCCUCAGGGCCAACAAACCCAACAGCAACAAGCGAUAGCUACGCCACCACAACAGAAUCCCCAGUUUGCCCAACAAGUUGCACAACCAAUGAUGCAGCAGGCGCACACCCAAAUACAGCAGCAGUUCGCACUGGAUCAAAAUUCUGUGAUCACUGCGGGAAGUUUGGCCAUACCAUAA